GCCGACCCCAACGCCGAGGCGAUGGUCCUGUGGUGUGCCGCCCCGCCUUGCCAGGACUUUUCGCGGAUCGCCAAGGGGGCGGGUCAUCAGGGCGAUCGUGGCCGCCUUUUCGAGGACUCCGUCGCCUUCAUGGAUGAGCUUCGCGUCAUUCUCCGCCAGCACCGCUUCGCCUUCCUCUACGAGAACGUGGAGAUGGAGGCGGCGGCGGCCCAGGUCUCGUCCGAUGCUCUGGGCGUCUCGCCUGUCUUUGUCUGCCCUUCCGACUUCGGGUGGGUCUCUCGCCCACGCCUCUGGUGGUUGAGUGUGGACUGGACUCGGGUGGUCACCGACCCCGCCGAUGGCUCGCCCCUGGAGUGGGCGAAGCGAGGUCGCUGGGACCGCCUGCGCCUUUCUGCCGCCAGGGGGCGCAAGCUCAUGCCUUGCGCCACGACACCAGCUCCGACGGACGACGGGCGGCAGAAGCCGCGCUCCACCAGGGGGCGCACGGCCCGGGACGCCGACGCCCGUUGGGCGGAAGGGGGCCGACAGUUCGCCCCUUGGCACUACACCGUCGAGGCCAUGCUCCAGGACUCGCGGGGCCUGCUCCACCUUCCUCCGCUAGACGUGAAGGAGCAGCUCCACCACAUCCCCGCCGGGUACACGGCCAAGGCGGGCGCCGACACCAAGACCCGCCACCGCAUGGUCGGGAAUGGCUGGCAUUGGGGCGUGCCCGCCCGCUUGCUGGGGAUUCUCGUCAUGGCGACCUGGGCGAAACCGGUGGCGUCGGGUCGGGCGCCUGCAGCGCCCCCACGCCAGGGGACCAUACCCUGGUUGUCGCAGGUCUGGUCGCGGAAAGGCUGGGACUUCUCACCGCGGCCCCGGCCCACACCAGCCCUCCUGGGCGCAGGGUUGAACGAGGACGCCCAUUGGGCGGCGGCGACCGGUAUGCAGCAUUCGCUGGUUGGCUGGCCACAGCUGGAGCCAGCCUUGGAGGCGGUCAUCCGGUUUCGUCGGGAGUGGCGCCACGACCUCUCCCGCAUCCGUGCCGAGGUGCUCCAGGAGCUACAGGAGAUGGUCGACGAGGCCGCGGCGGAGGACACGACCGCCUGGCUGGCCACUCUGCCCCCGCACGUGCGGGCGACCUACGAGACGAGUGAUCGGCCUCGCCCUUUUCAGGGGCUCAUCUUCGACCGCCUGCUGCGGAACCUUGGCUACCCGGCCACAGACGACCUCCGCCAGGAUGUGGCCGAAGGCUUCGACAUGUUGGGCCGAGUCCGCGCCGCCCCGGGCUGGAAGCCACGCGCCGAUGGGCGCUAUGCUCACCCCGAAGGGCUGGAGAG